AUGGCGAAGAAAACCUACGACCUGCUCUUCAAGCUGCUCCUCAUCGGGGACUCGGGGGUCGGCAAGACCUGCGUGCUCUUCCGCUUCUCCGACGAUGCCUUCAACACCACCUUCAUCUCCACCAUCGGGAUAGACUUCAAGAUUAAAACUGUUGAGCUACAAGGAAAGAAGAUCAAGCUACAGAUAUGGGACACAGCUGGGCAGGAACGAUUUCACACCAUCACCACCUCUUAUUACAGAGGUGCCAUGGGGAUCAUGCUAGUAUAUGACAUCACCAAUGCCAAGAGCUUUGAAAAUAUCAGCAAGUGGCUCAGAAACAUAGAUGAGCAUGCCAACGAAGAUGUGGAGAGGAUGCUGUUAGGAAACAAGUGUGACAUGGAAGAUAAAAGAGUUGUCCCUAAAGCAAGAGGUGAACAGAUUGCUAGGGAGCAUGGAAUUAGGUUUUUCGAAACUAGUGCAAAAGCAAAUAUAAACAUUGAGAAGGCAUUCCUCACGUUAGCAGAAGACAUUCUUCGAAAGACCCCUGUAAAAGAGCCCAACAGUGAAAAUGUAGAUAUCAGCAGCGGAGGCGGGGUGACGGGCUGGAAGAGCAAGUGUUGCUGAACCUUCUCCUCUCUCACCAAUCGCCAUCCACCGCCCCUUUUUUCUCGCUGCAAAAGAAACCACUCUGCCCGUUUUUAACCUUAAAACCAAUGUUUUGUUCCUCAUCUUAACAAGCUCCUGCCUCCCUCUUGGGUUUCCGUUUAGGACAGCUUGCGUACUCUUUUAAUUUUUCUCGACAACAUGUAUAGGAAAAUCAUCUCCAUGACUUCAUUUUGGUUUGGUUUGGUGGUUGUUUGUUUUUUUUUGUUUUGU